CAUAUAUACAUAUAAAUAAUAAUAUAUUUACUACAAAAAACAUGUUUAACCCAAUUUUUUUAUCCAAACUUCAGUCCAAAAUUCAAACCAAAUCCUUCAAAAAGAAAAAAAAAAAGAAAAGCAAAGACAUACAAAGUUAGGCUCCCAGCCAUGAUUAAUCAAGUUUGUUCUCAUUAAUGCCUUGUCUUAUGUUGUUUAUUGCAUUCUACUUUUGGGUAUUAACCAAUAAUACAACUCCAUUUUAAAAACUGGGCUCGCCAAAAGACAAUGACAUGUGUCAUCCUAAAAGUAGAUGACCCACAUGCCCUCUUCACAACCUUAUGCCAGAACCCGAUCCGACUUUUCCCAUCAUUGACCAUAACACUCCCCCCUCCCCUCCCCCUCUCCCAACCUCCUCGUGUAUGUAUAUAUAUAUAGACGAAUACACACAUAAACCUCAAACUUCUUCCCUCCCAAGAACAUUUCAAGUAUUGGGUUUUGGGUUUCUUGUUCAUUUUCUUCUUCGUUUGCUUUUUCUUUUUGGUGUAAAAUGGAGGAAAAUCGUCUCAAUCCCAUCAACAUGAUGAGUGUAAGAAGGGCGGAGUUCUUGCUGGGCGGCUCCGGUGGGUCGUCGCAGUUGCCGGAGAGCCCGAGAGGGCCGAUGGAGUUCUUGUCUCGGUCGUGGAGUGCGUCGGCCUUGGAGGUUUCCAAAGCCCUGCACCACCACCAGCCUCCUUGCAUUCUAUCCAUGGUUCCAUCUAACAAGUCUACUUCUACUAGCACCACUACCUCCUCAUCUAUACCUGAAGAAAUUAGUGGAGACUGUGAAGAAAUCCCUAAUGGAAAUGACCGGAGCAACAGCAACGUUCAGUUCUCUUUCGCAUCUUCUGCUACUUCUCAGCUUGUUCUGGAGCGCAUCAUGUCUCAGUCGGAGGUAUCACCAUUAACGUCUGGGAGACUUUCUCAUAGUAGUGGACCUUUGAACGUCGCCGGAUCUUUGACAGAAAACGAUAGCCCUCCGGUUUCUCCGUCGGAAGAGUUCGACGACAUCGUUAAGUAUUUCCGUACCCACAACACUAUACAACCGCUCUUCACCUCGGCCGGCGGCGGUCGAACUAGCGCCGGCAAUGGCGGAACCACUCCUGGUGGCGCCAAGACUGUGGGCAGGUGGUUGAAGGACAGGAGAGAAAAGAAGAAAGAGGAAACCAGAGCCCACAAUGCGCAGCUCCACGCUGCCGUCUCUGUUGCUGCAGUGGCAGCUGCAAUAGCCGCCAUUGCAGCUGCCACAGCGUCCUCCUCCUCCGGCAAGAACGAGCAAAUGGCAAAGACAGACAUGGCAGUUGCUUCGGCUGCCACCUUGGUUGCCGCACAGUGCGUGGAAGCUGCCGAAGGCAUGGGCGCAGAGCGUGAUCACCUUGCCUCCGUCGUCAGCUCCGCCGUCAAUGUCCGCUCCCAAGAUGAUAUUAUCACUCUCACUGCCGCUGCCGCUACAGCUCUGCGUGGGGCGGCGACGUUGAAGGCAAGAGCAUUAAAAGAAGUUUGGAAUAUUGCAGCGGCUCUACCGACAGAAAAAGGAGUUACAGGGGUGAACUGUAAGGAAAAUGGAAGAAACCAUGGCGAUAGCUAUAGCGACGAGCUUGCCCUAGGGGAAGACUUUCUGGGUGUCUGUAACCAGGAGAUUCUUGCCAAGGGCACGGAGCUUCUCAAACGAACUCGCAAUGGUGACCUUCACUGGAAGGUUGUGUCUGUUUACAUCAAUAAGACAGGCCAGGUGAUGCUGAAGAUGAAGAGCAAACAUGUGGCAGGGACGAUCACCAAGAAGAACAAAAAUGUGGUGGUGGAGGUCUGCAAAGACAUGCCGGCAUGGCCGGGGAGACACCUGUUUGAGAGCGGGGAGCAGCGGCGGUACUUCGGGUUGAAGACGGAGCCACGAGGGCUUGUGGAAUUUGAGUGCAGAAGCCAGAGGGAAUACGACAUAUGGACUCUGGGAGUUUCCAGGCUUCUUGCCAUCGUGAACGAAAAGAAGCUGAAGGGUUUGACUUUGACCACCAAAAAUAUUUAACAUUUGAUUUUAAUGUGAUUUGUUAUGUAAAAAAAAAAAAAACUUUCAGAAGGAAACAAUUAUAGUUUGUCAUUAUAUCUA